GCCAAAUUUGGUCCGUGAUAGCAGAAAAAACGAGAAGCAAAACUUCGUGUUUUUCAUCAAUAAGACACAUAACAGCUUUGACUUUAGAGUUCGUCUCUAAAACAAGCUAUGCGUGUUCUUGUAUUAACCGCGCUGACAGUUGUGGCCGUAAUUUAUCAUGGUUCUCAAGMCGUGGCUGGCGAAAACUCUCACAGCCUUAUAGGUCGAGCUUUAUUACGCCGAGCAUUAGAAGCAAUGUCCAGUAAACCUGGUCAAAUUAAUAUAAAAAGAAGAUCAAUAGAAGAAAAUGACGACGAUGAAACAAAAACUAASGAGGUCUUGGAAGACAUAUUUGGUUCUGGUUCGCAAGAAGCCUCAGGUUCGAGUCCUAGCGAUGUAAGCCAGYMAAGCGAUGUCCARAAUGAUGUCCAGUCUGGAAGUGGUUCCGCAGCCGAGCAAACGGUGAACAAUGAAGACACUGAAACAGAAUCUUCUGCUCAAAACUCAGAUGAACAAGCAUCGACGACUGAAGACCAACAGCAGGAAGAUGCCGGUCAGGCAACAGACAGUGGAUCUGCUUCCACAGCAUCGACAACAACCGACCAAGCAUCGCAGCAAAGUGAACAAAGUACAGUACAAGUAGCUGACAAAGCAGCAGCACCAAACGAGCCAAUUGCAGUGGCGAAAAGCAAGGAUGAAGAUGCUUCAAAGAAGUCCGAAAUUSAGUUUGCAUCAGGAGAAGAGGCRUCCACUAGAGAGCAGGAGAAUAACGAUGAAUCGUCUUCGUCUGGAGAUUCCGAUGAGGUGACGUCCGGACAAGUCGCCGAAGACGAACACGACGAUGGUAGCGCCGAAGCCAUCAGAAAAGGCAUGGAGAGCUUAAGUCGUCUGCUWAAACCAGUGGCAACAACGCUUGAUCUUCAGGUAUWCAGCGGAUCUGCAAAGCCAAAGGAAGACGAAGACGAAGAGGAAGAGCAAAAAGCUGUUAUCAAAGAAGAAGCUAAAGGAGAAAGCGACAACGAAGAGAAAAAAGACGACGUGGAGAAAGACAAAGAGGAGAAAGAUGAAGAGGAGAAAGAUGAAGAGGAGAAAGAAGGAGAGGAGAAGCACGAAGAGAUACAAUCACCACCCAAAGUUAAAAAAUGCGAAACGGUGUGCAAAGCGCCCUUGACAUAUCAACAAUGUGCAGUGCCCAGAUGUUCACAAAAAAUGGGCACAAUAAAGGACUUGUGUUUCUUUCUCUGCGAGCAUCAGAAACCUCACUGUAGACAGGUGUGUAAAGAAGUUUAAUAGMAACUUCUUGACAUCAAUUGUAAAUAGCAUACAUGGCUAUUCAGGGUCAAUUAGCUUAGCUGAAUAACUUGCAACUAAAUUGUCACGUGUCUUGAACAAGACCAAAAGAAUUUCUACAAGUUCUGGAAUCAGAAACAAAUAUGACGGUAUAUCUAUUAUUUCUAAAUAGAAGGAUAGCAGAAAUACUUUCAGGUUUUUUGUUCACCUAAAACAUAGUUUUUGACCAGCAACAACCAYCAAUGAGCCCGGCGCAAAAGCUAAAUUGUACUCAUAGGCGACGGUUUUACUUUCGUUUUCUAUUAAUUGCCGAUAACUUAGAAUUGGUAAUUUCUACUUUGUCUCGUAAAGUUUACCUAUUUUUUCUCUUGGUUAAAGCCCGCAUUAUAGACACAAAAAACCUAUAAUGCGAAAACUCGACUCAAUCUUUUAUAGACAUAAAUUCCCGUUAACGCUUUAGAUUAAUCAAUGUAUCGAUGUGGUGUCAACUUUUAUAAAGCAUUUCUUGACCUAUGUAUGAAUUACCCACAGCACUGAUUUGACGAUAGAACUACUUAUAAGGUUUUUUAGAUACCUCAUUUGGAGGGAUUUUUGACUAGUGGUAUACCGUAUAAGAUGGUGAAUCGACCACAAAUACAUGAAGAGAGUGUAACACUUUGAUGUAUGACUAUAUCAGUCAGUCCUAGUAAUAAACGUUAUAUGCACUUUAAA